AUGCUGCACGAACAAGGCCGUUGGAAUCGCACUCGAGUUUGCAACAGUGAUGAUCAGGAUGUCAUUGGUACGGAUACUAGUGCUAGUGCUAGUGGUACUAAUAAGUGUAUACAGCCCAGUGUACCCACGCCAGAGAUUCGAAUUUGGGGAGGAACGUGGGAAGCCAUCAACAUGCAAGCGUGGUUGCUGCAGAUCAUUCUCAGUGAACUCGUGGGAGUUCCCACGUCCAUUGAAACGGGAUCUCAAGACCGAAAUUUCAACUUUUACUCCUCCACCAAUCGAUUUGAAUACGGAGAUGACACACAAGUCAUUCCUUCCGUGCAAGUGGCGUACAAACUGGAAGGAGAUUGCAGUCGAGCCAAUGACAAUGCUACCUCUGAAGCCUACCAAGCAUGCGCCCACGUGGUCCCGGAAAUAUGGAAUGAUCUCGUCAGUAUCAAGGAGGGAAAGGCACUUCUGGACAAUGGACUCGUAGAACCACCCCAAGCCAAUGGAAUCAAGGGAAAAGAAGGAUGGUUCAUUACCAAACACACCGUACAGGACGACCCAACACUCGUGUCUUAUUUUGGACUACAGGGGUUGGACCAUGACAAUCGCAGACGAUUGGCUCAAAUCUUCAAACGACCCACCACCUGGCAAUUCUAUUGUACCCACAUUUCCAAUAACCAUUGCACCAACACGUCCGACACGGUCGCUGUUCGGGCGCCACAAGACGAGACCGAAUACGAUCGCAUGUUUGUCCCUGGACUCUACACGGGAUACUUUCGUCCCAAUGAAGGAUGUGAUAAUGACAUUCCAAUAAUAAACAAUGCCACAAACAACAAUACUACAGGCAUGGAUCUGUCCAAUUGUACAGGACACAUUGCCGAUUAUCCAUGCCUCUGGACAUCUUCCAUUGCAGCUCAGACCCACUGGCUCCAGAUUCCACUCCAAUCCAAAGGAGACGAACCAGGAUCGCGAGGAUACACAUAUACACAAUUGCAAGAAAUUUGGAGAGCCGCCAAUGCCACACGCAGCAAUCUCAUUAUGCAUUGGUGGUCACCCCAUGCACUCAUGCAGGAAUUUGUAGGAACUGAUGCAGAAUUUCAAAAUGUGCUUUUGCCCACGCCCACGCAAGAAUGCAUCGAAGCAAGACACAAUGACAAUAUACAACGAUGUUCCAACAAUUUAACCGAUCGCAUUGGAUCGCCGGCGGCGGCUUGUGACGAACAGGCACGAUCGCUCCUCAAAGUGAUUUCCACCACUGUAUACAAUCAUCUCAGCAACAAAAAUCAUCCCGAUCUGCCACCGGCAUUGGCCAGCCCGGCACAUGAUGUACUGGAUCGAUUCACACUCUCCACAGAAAAAGUACAUCAAAUAUUUCAAUACUGGAGACAGGAAGCAUCGUUGCGACAAGGAGUUUGUCGAUGGGCCGCUGAUAAUCUCGAUUAUUUGGAACGAUUCGUCACACCCACGUAUCCACGAGUGCUCGUCGAAGGAGGCAAUAAUAACAAUACGGGACUCUACUAUGCCGCUCUGACAUUGGCAAUAGUGGCAGUGGUACUGUCGCUGGUCACGGCGUGGCAGGUACACGUGCGUCGACACGAACGGGCGAUUCUCUAUUCGCAACGGGAAUUUCUCUAUUUGCUCUUGUCGGGGUUGCUCCUCGUGUCGAUUGGGGCCAUUCUUGAUGCCGUUCCACCCACCAAUGGAACGUGUCUGGCCAGUGUCUGGCUCGUCAAUCUCGGAAUGGCCUUGCAGUUGGUGCCGCACAUUAUCAAAAUCGCCGCCAUUAACACAUUGACCAAAGCCGCAAGACGACUUCGACGGGUCGUGCUCAAACAAGAGGCACUCUUCAAAGCGGUCGCGGCCAUGUGUGGUCUGGUCGUCGUAUUUCUCAUCCUCUGGACCGUCUUGAUCCCGCCACAAAAGGUGGCCCAAUACGAAUUGACAUCCGAUCUUGCCGACGACGGCUUUAGUACCAUUGUCAAUGUGGUGUACUUUUGUGAAUCGAGCAAGGAUGUCUUUCAAUACAUUGCCAUUUGUGGAACCCUACUGUUGCUACUCUGGGCAUCCGUCCUGGCCGUGCAGAAUCGAAACGUUCGACAGGACUUUAACGAGUCACAAGUGCUCUCCAUCUUGGUGUACUCUCAUCUCAUCUUUACCAUUCUACGAUUGGUGACCUUCUUGGUGCCUCGAGGAACGGAUGCACUCAGUGGAGACACGUUGGACAAGGUUCGAAGCAUCAUCUUUAGUACGGACACGAUUGCCACAAUCAUCAUUUACUUUCCAUCCAAACUCUUUGCGUCUUCCAUAUUCGCAAGCCAGGAAAACGUGAACAGCCGCGCAUCGUCCGAGUUUCUUCGAAGUUCAACAGGGUUCCAAAGACGGCAAUCCACUUUCUUUGCUCGCACGGACCAUGGUGCCGAGGGAAGACACGAGUCCUGCAACACGAACGAUCCAACAUCAUCGGCACAACGAUGCGAGUGUCCCAACUGCGGAUAUGUCGGCGAAAUGCGUCCAUUGGUUAUUACCUCGCAGGCAGAAGUUUCCACUGUUGCGCCUUUUGUCGACAGCGUGGCCAGUGCUUCCGCAGCAGCACGCAAUUUAGCCAUGCCUUCGUCGCAGCAAUCGUUACCCAGCGUUUCGUUUCGUAAUGCCGAGCCAGAGUCGGCAAUGGAGAGCGUGGACGAAGAAAACGCUGAGACCAAUGACGCGAAGAAAUGCGAGCCAGAGAUUGCCGACGAGAGCAAAUGCAAGGCAGAGGAGACGCAAGCCUAA